AGGAGGCUGGGUAAAACAACACAUGUUGAAUUUCAGCCUUUAAAUUUCAACCACUUUGGAUAUGGCCUUUUGAGAUCACGGGUCAAAGUGUAUUAAGCAAUCUGCGGAGCAAGAAAGACUAGGAUGAUUGCCAGUCGAUUUUUUCUCGCGUUUGCGCUGGCAGUUGCAACUGUCAAACAAGUUACUGCAGAAAAAGAUUUCUACGAACUGCUUGGCGUAGAAAAAACAGCAGAUAGUCGUGAAAUACGAAAAGCUUUCAAAAAACUAGCCAUAACCACACAUCCUGAUAAAAACCCAGAUGACCCACUUGCCCAGCAGAAUUUUUUGGAUCUCAAGCAAGCUUACGAGAUUCUCAAGGAUCAAGAAACUCGCAAGCAGUAUGAUCUGCAUGGGGAAGAGGGAGUCAAGGAUGGCUUUAAAAGUAGCAAAGAUUAUCAAAACUGGAACUUUUAUAAGAACCACUUUGGUAUUUAUGAUGAAGAUCCUGAAAUAAUUACAUUGUCUGCAUCAGAUUUUGAACAAAAUGUUAAAAACUCAAUGGAAUUCUGGUUUAUCAAGUUUUAUUCACCUAUGUGUUCACAUUGUCAUGUAAUGUCCCCUAACUGGAAACAGCUUGCUCUGGAGUUGAGUGCUGUGAUAAAAAUAGCUGCUGUUAAUUGUGAAGAGGAAUGGGUUCUCUGCCGUAAAGAAGGAAUCUCAUCUUACCCAUCACUUGUUUUAUAUCCUAAUAAAGAUAAAUAUUAUGGAGAGAGGACUGCUGAAGAUAUGCAAAACUUUGUUCUGCACAAAUUACCAACUCAAGCAACUGAAAUAUCUAGCUACAAAAUCUUUAAAAAUACUAUGGAAGAAGAGGUCAUAAGAAGUUCUCCAUUGCUAUUUAUCUUCUGCAAAGAUUCCACUGAUACCAAUUGCCCAUCAUGGCAAAGCAGGAGCAAACUAUCCUAUAUCUUCGAUGGCUUAGUGGCAGUAGCAUACGUCGACUGUUCGUCCAAAGACAUAUCGUGUUCCAAAAUUGGAUUUCAAUCAGCAACCAUUUAUCUACCAUCAGGGAAUGAUACUCUUCGGAACGGUAUUGAAAUCCAUAGUCUCAAUUACUUGGAAAUUGCGACUCAGAUUCUCAGACAACUUCCUGAGGCUGAACUUGUCGACGAAGAAAGCUUAGAGAGUAUCCACGGAAAGUUGGUUGAGGAUCUCGGCCAAGACUGGCUCAUUUAUUUCACUGAAAACCAAGAAUACCAAAGCUUCGUAGAUCUACAAUAUAGGAGACUGCCAGCCCUUUUGCCCCAUAUUAAACUGGGCCGUAUCAAUUGUAAUAAAUCAGCAGAAGUUUGCAAGAACAAAUAUUUUAUCAACAAGUAUCCCACCUUUGCCACAUUCAAACGUGGCGGAGCCGUGGAGAUGCACGUCGGUGGUGUGAGCGUAUCCGAGGUCGUCAAUUUUGCACGGAACAGCAUUUGGGCACCCAACCUUGAAACGCUGAAUCCUAAUACAUUUCCCGAUUGUCUUAAUGAUGGCCAUCCGUGGGUAGUUGACUUUUAUGCACCUUGGUGUCCACCAUGCAUGCGCCUUAUUCCGGAAUUUAGAAGGGCCAGCAGUAUGGUUGGUGGCAUAGUUAAAUUUGGCUCGCUUGAUUGCGCCACACACCGUGAUCUUUGUGCCACAUACAACAUUCGUUCCUAUCCAACAGUUAUCUUCUAUAACUAUUCAACUCCGCAUGCCUACACUGGCCAAUUUGUCAGUCGCGACAUCGCCACCUUUGUUGAAGAUGUCCUACGUCCACCAGUCAUCGAAUUAACGAUUGACAACUUCGAGUCGUUGGUGUUAAACCGAGGCACAAACGAGGUGUGGUUGGUUGACUUCUUUGCCUCAUGGUGCGGCCCUUGCAUCCAAUUGGCUCCCCAAUGGCGUUCGCUUGCCAGAAUGGUUGGACCUUUAAAUAAUAUAAACGUCGGUUCAGUGGACUGCGUCACGCAAGAGCUGCUCUGUACACAACACGGUGUUCGUUCCUAUCCGACCAUUCGACUGUACCCUAUGGGGGGUACUGGUGAUAUUAUUACAUAUAACGGCUUCCAGAGAGACGCGUAUGCUUUACGUAGUUGGUUGGUGAGUUCACUACCAUCGUCUGUGUACGCCCUUGGUGACUUCAACUUCGCCGACAUCGUACUCCGGUCCAAUACGCCUUGGGUUGUAGACUAUUACGCUCCUUGGUGCGGACCUUGCCAAGUGUUUGCCGUCGAAUUCGAAUUAGCAGCAAAGCAACUGGACGACGGCCGCCGUUUGAAAUUCGCCAAAGUCAAUUGCGAAAGCUUCCCGCACGUGUGUCGAAAUGCCGGCAUUCAAUCCUACCCGACAGUGCGAUAUUACCCUGGCAAAACGGGUUGGUCGCCGCAAAAUCCGUUUGGCAUUCCGUUCGUCAACGACCGUAGGAAAGUGGAGGACGUUGUCGAAUGGCUAGAAGAAUUAUUAGCUUCUCAAUCGCCUAGUGCCUCUAGUAACAAUGCUGCUUCCAUUCGUGACGAACUCUAAGUCACUCACCUCGUCAUAUUUGCGAUCAAUUGUUUAGCGCACUUUCUAAUCAAAAAUCUCCCUGUUUUACAAUUUGUUAUUGCCCGUACGAAAUUAUGAUAUUCAGAUGCCCGUUAAUCAAUAAGCGGCUUGCAAGUACUUGAUGAAUAAAAUAGGUUUAUGCUUAUUAG